AUGUGCUGGCUUGCUGGUUGCGCCAAUGGCAUCCCGAAUAUGAGUGAACAGGAAUGGUCCAAUGUGGAUCACGGAAGUGCCGUGAAGGUACCUGGGGAGGUACCGCAACAGACAUCCUGCCAGUCUGAUGCGGUUUCUGGGCAUCUACAGACUGAACAACACGUGCAGCACAGUUACUUCUCUGAGCAUGCGACUGCUGUUUCCGAGCAUGCCAGCCCAGGUAACUUGCCAGUAAGGGUGCCUUCUUCUGUCAAGGGUGAUGCCGUUGCUCAGGAGUCCGCGUCUCUGGAGGUGUCGUCAGAUGAAAUUAAUCGCGUGCCAAAUAGCAGCUUGCUGGGAGCUUUGCUGCAGUUUGGGAUGCCGGCAGUUGAUGAUCAAGUUUGCGAGCAGCCGGACAGGGUUGCAGUGACAACAUGCAUGCAGAUUGUGGAACAAGUUGGCAUGAAGCAAGAUUCUGGACCUGCGCUCGCCGGUUGUCAGGUCAGUCGACACAUGACGUUGCCAGUGGAAACCAGCAAGGCUAAGCCAGAUGCUCCUCCACAGCAGAGGCAGGGAGCCAAACUUGUCGGAUGUGGUGAUGCGCUAGUACCUUACAUGUGUUCAGCCGUUGCAAGUCUGCAAGUGUGUUUCGCAUAUCUGUGCGGGAUGAGAGUUGGAGAAGCUUCGCAUCCGGGGCCGGAGAUAGGGCAAACCGAUGCUGCGCAUCAGGUCAAGCAUGAUCACAGCACUGGAGUCAGAGUAGGGGAGGCCAAAAAUCCAGGGCCAAGCCCCUUUGGCCCGGAGCUUGAAAAUAUGAUCAAACAAUAUGUUAUGGAAGCUGUUCGGGAAGCCAUCAAGGAAGCCUUCCAGAACCUGGGUUUCAGUGCACCGGAUUGGAAUGCUCCAGUUGUUCCUUUCAAUAAGCUCAGUGCCGCCAUCGAUGCAACCGAUGCAAAUGCGGUUUUGGAGGGUGUUAUUCUUGCGAACAAGCAAGAAGUUGAGCACGCAAAAAUCAUGUUGCAGGGCUCCAAGGCCCAGGACAAGUUUCUUCUAAUCUAUUUGGCCAAGGAGGAAAAGUCUCAGAAGAUCCCAGGUCGCAUCCAGGAUCAGCUGUGCUUCAGGGAUGCGAUAGUGCUGCAAUGCCAUAGCAGUGCUGUCUCUCAGAGCCCCACUCCUGCGGGAUUAGCAAAUGCUCCUGUCAAGGUGGCACCCCUGCAAAGCAUUGCUGUCUAUGUUCAGGUGCCCAAGCAGUAUGCUAGCGACCAGCUCUGGUCCAGCUUCUGCAAAAAUGCAAGCAAAACCGCGGCCACCUGGGCGGCAGAUAGACACGUCCAGCCUUUGGAUUCUUUCAACUGGGCAGAAGAGAAGCAGCGCGCUGGAGGGCAAGAGCUUCAGGCGUUCGGCAUCAUGCGGGCUGGAGACUUGCUGCCCAGCCUGAUGAACUUGUGCCGCGGGUCUGGACGCUACCGUGGCGACAAGGAUCUUGUUGCGCUGCUUGCUGAGACGGACACUGGUCCACUUACUUUGUGGGCUUCUGUAGCUCCUGCGCGCACGUUGCAGAAAUCUCAACGAAAGUUGCCGCAAGGGGCUGUGCCGGUCGUUGCUCCCAAACAGAGGUCUACUGCUUUUCCUACCGCCUCGAAGGCGCUGACUGAGCCCGAGGUUGGAGCUGACGGUAAACCAGUCUCUGGUGCCAAGCGCACAAAGUGUGAUGUCGGAACGGUUCCUGAUGCACUCAAAAUGAUUGAGAUUGCUAAAGACGGCAACUGUAUCUACCGGGCUGUUUCCGAAGGCCUUACUUGGCUUUCCGGCGGAAAGCUCAGGGUGGAGCACAGGGAAAUGCGAGCGAAAGCAAUCACGCACCUGCAGAAGCAUCGCGCUGCCUAUUCUGCACAAUGGGACGGCGAAAGUCCCUCGGGUGAUCCGACGCAGUCCUUUGACGACUAUCUGGCUGCCAGCGCCAGGGACAGCUCCUAUGGGUCUCCGCUCGAGGUGGAGGCACUGGCCAGGGUGUUCGACGUACAGAUCAUUUUGAUACCAUGCCUCGCCGACUUCGCCGUAAUGUCCUUCCGGACGUCACAGGCCAAAAGGGUCUUGGUUUUGUGGUACCACGACAGCACGUAG